GGCGGGGUGGGCGGCGAGGCUCGGCCGGCGCCGGAGGGAGCGCGGUCCAGAUCUCCAGUGCCUGUUGGGUCUUUACCAAAAGGGAAGUUGCCAGCGCACAGUUACUUACACGCUGACGUAGGUCUGGUACAAUGACUCCGUAGAAAGGCCGGGACCGGGCGGCAAGGGAGCCCGGCAACCGAAGGAUGAACGGCGAGGAGGAGUUCUUCGAUGCUGUCACAGGCUUUGAUUCUGAGAACUCUGCCGGGGACUUUUCAGAGGCCGAUCAGAGGGUUGCUGGAGUGAUGCGCGUGGACACUGGCAGGAGCAAUGGGAUCGGAAAGGUUGGGGAGAGGCCCCCUCGAGAGAACGGAAUUCAGAAGCACAGGACCUCGCUGCCCGCCCCGAUGUUCUCCAGAAGUGACUUCAGCGUGUGGAGCAUAUUAAAGAAAUGCAUCGGCUUGGAGCUGUCCAAGAUCACCAUGCCCAUCGCCUUCAACGAGCCCUUGAGUUUCCUGCAGCGGAUCACAGAGUACAUGGAGCAUGUGUACCUUAUCCGCAGCGCCUGCUGCCAGCCCCAGGCCCUGGAGAGGAUGCAGUGCGUGGCGGCCUUUGCGGUGUCUGCGGUGGCUUCCCAGUGGGAGAGGACCGGCAAGCCCUUCAACCCCCUCCUGGGAGAGACUUACGAGCUGAUCAGGGAGGAUUUGGGAUUCAGAUUCAUAUCUGAACAGGUCAGCCACCACCCCCCCAUUAGUGCGUUUUACUCAGAAGGCCUCAAUCAGGACUUCCUGUUUCACGGCUCCAUCUACCCGAAGCUCAAGUUCUGGGGCAAGAGCGUGGAGGCUGAACCCCAGGGCACCAUCACGCUGGAGCUGCUCAAACACGGGGAAGCCUACACCUGGACCAACCCUACCUGCUGUGUGCACAACGUGCUUGUGGGGAAGCUCUGGAUAGAGCAGUACGGCACGGUGGAGAUCGUGAACCACAGAACCGGAGAUAAGUGUGUGCUUCACUUUAAACCCUGUGGAUUGUUCGGAAAAGAACUUCACAGAGUGGAGGGCCACAUUCAAGACAAGAACAAGAAGAAGCUCUUCAUGAUCUACGGGAAAUGGACAGAGUGCUUGUGGGGCGUUGACCCUGCUGCAUAUGAGUCAUUCAGGAAACGGGAGAGGAGAGGUGACCUGCCGAGCAAGACGCAGCCGGACGACGGCUCCCAGAAAGCCGAAGGCGACGUGGCGGACACCGUGCCCGAGGUUCAGGAGACGGUGCAGGUCAUUCCUGGCAGCAAGCUACUCUGGAGGGUCAAUACUCGGCCCCCCAAUUCUGCCCAGAUGUACAACUUCACCAGUUUCACAGUCAGCCUCAACGAGCUGCAGAGCGGCAUGGAGAAGACCCUGGCCCCCACGGACUGCCGCUUGCGCCCUGACAUCCGCGGCAUGGAGAACGGAGACAUGGAUCUGGCGAGCCAGGAGAAGGAGCGGCUGGAGGAGAAGCAGAGGGAGGCCCGGAGAGAGCGAGCCAAACAGGAGGCUGAGUGGCAGACGAGGUGGUUCCACCAGGGCAGCAACCCGCACACGGGGACCCCCGACUGGUUGUACACGGGGGGUUACUUUGAGCGGAAUUUCUCCCGCUGCCCGGAUAUCUACUGAGGGCUGGAGCGGCCGCGGGACCGGAGGCUGGACUGCGCUGAGCGGCUGCCCAGAGCUGCG